AUGCCAGCCACUGAUUGUUUGCAGGAUAUGGAACCUGAUGGAAGCGGUGAUUAUGCCAGCAGCUCUCCCGCUGGUGUGAAUUCUGCACUUUCUGCGGCAGGCGAUGAAGACACAGUAGUAGUACUGGAUGAUGUAGUAGAAGUAUUGAGCGAUCACUCCGAACAUGGUGAAAAGACUGCAAAGAUCGCGGUUGACCAGCCCACAACGUCGUCUAAAUGCCUCUCAGUACCGAAACUUCAUAGUUUGAUUAAAAUGCGACAGAAGUUACUGAAACGGCUACGAAAAUUGGAAGUGCGAGAAGUUUGUUUCGAUGAUGAGGCUAAAGAGCUGUUUUAUAUCAGUCUUGAACGAAAGUUGAAGAAAACUCUUGUGGAUGUGGAAAGGACCUUGCUAAAACAUGGAGCAUUGUUAGAUGUUGACGAGGAAGUCCGGGCACUCCAUGACGCCGCUCAUGCUCCGUCUAUAACGGUUGCAGAUACUGGUAACGAGCUUCUGAACAAGAGAAUCACGGACUUAAUGAAUAAGAAGAUUGCCAACAAAGAGAAAGUUGUAACACCUUCCUUCGAUGAAUUGCGAGACCUUAUGUGUGAGCUCCGAACUGAAUGCGGUCCAUCGUCGGGAAUUCCUGAUCCUGAAAAGGAACUGGAUGCUUUU